AUGUAUUCCAACCACACAGCGACGCAGGACUCGCUCUCCGAUGAACAUCUGGUGCACCUGAAGUCGUAUAAAUACUCCAGCGUCGACAAGUCCCCUAUCUCGCGGUACAUAUUGAAACACUACUGGAAUGCAUUCGUCGAGCUGCUGCCGCUAUGGAUCGCUCCCAAUAUGGUCACCCUGUUGGGUUUCUUUUUCAUUGUAGCCAAUGUCAUCUUUGUCGAGCUGUUCAUGCCUGACCUAGUAGGGCCGGGUCCUACCUGGCUUUACUACAGCUUUGCUUUCGGUGUUUGGAUGUACUCGACUCUUGAUAACGUUGACGGCAAGCAGGCCAGACGUACAGGGACUUCUAGUGGACUGGGGGAACUGUUCGACCAUGGAAUCGAUUCCCUGAACUGUACACUGGCAAGUCUGUUGGAAACAGCCGCCAUGGGUCUCGGUGCCACCAAGAUCGGUGCGUUUACGGCUCUCAUUCCAUGCCUGGCCAUGUUCUUUUCGACCUGGGAAACAUACCAUACGCAUACGCUCUACCUUGGAUAUGUCAACGGUCCUACCGAAGGUCUCCUCAUUGCUAUUGCAGUCAUGAUCGCUUCAGGUCAUUAUGGACCCCAGAUCUGGACAUACCGCGUCUCAGAUUAUCUGGGCUACUCAAACAUUUUUGGAAAGUCUACAUUCCAGGAACUCUGGGUAUACGUUGUCUUCGGCUCAUUCCUCAUUGGUCACCUGCCAGCCUGCGUCCUGAAUGUCUAUCAGGCUAGAAAACGCCAGGGUCUCCCCUUCUUGCCAGUCCUCAAGGAGUGGCUCCCCAUUAGCGUUUUCACUGGCUGCGUUGUUGCUUGGCUCUUCUCCCCCUACUCAACCUUGCUGGCGGAAAACAGACUAGUUCUGUUCUGCGUGACUAUGUCAUUUGUUUUUGGCCGCAUGACUACUAAGAUCAUCCUGGCUCAUCUUCUCAAGCAGCCAUUCCCGUACUGGACUGUUCUUAUUACUCCGCUGAUUGGAGGCGCGCUCCUUGGCAAUCUACCCCGAUUUGGUCUCCCCCAGGUCAGUGCUACCAUCGAAGUAUGGUACUUGCGAGGUUACCUGGUAUUCGCCUUCGUUGCCUACAUGCACUGGGCGCUCUUGGUCAUCAACAGAAUCACCACGUACCUGGGCAUCAACUGCCUGACUAUCAGGGAAGACAAGUCCGCGGCCAGAGAGAAAGUGUACCGCGAUUUUGGAGAGGGAAAGCUGAACGUCAACAACAUUCGAACGGAUACCAGCAAGGCCGGAUUGAAGCACCAUUAA